AUGGCCACUUCAAAUUGUUUUGUCUUAGCAAUUUUCAUGGCUUUAUCAUUAUCAAACAUCAAUGUCGGGGUAACAGCUCGUCAUCUCCUUCAGAUGCCACCAACGUUGCCUAGAGUAACGUUACCACCAUUGCCAUCUAUCCCAAAUCUCCCACAACCAACAAUACCGACAUUGCCAACCACUCAGCCAUCGUUACCCAAGCCUGGUGCUCUACCUCCACUUCCUACCAUGCCAACAUUGCCGACCAUACCUAAUGCCCCAAAACUGAGCAUGCCACCUCUGCCGAACAUUCCCUCCUUCCCUACAAUACCAGCUACUAUGCCAUCUAUUCCAUUCUUCUCGCCACCACCGGCCAAAAACUAG